AGUUCAUGGCAACCUUGCCUAGUGUAACAAACCAAAGGAAGAGGCACGCUGCACGAAUCCGCUGCUGGACCAAUCAUAUCGGCUUUUACCACUUUCGUUUUAUCUGACUGAACCCCACCCAAUUUACUUGAACAAGGAAGCGUUGAAAGUAUCGACAGGUUUACAAAAUAAUAAUAAUAAAUUAAUCAUCUGCAUUUGUGGGUUUGGGGUUAACAAUAAAAAUGAGCGAGAACAACGAGGGAGAGCAGCAGGAGCGAUGCGAAGAGGCCAGGUUUGUGGAUGAAAACUAUUCAUACCUUAUUCAAAACGUUACUACAGUGAUGCCAAUAGCAGAUGAACUACUCAACAAGGGCAUGAUACAUAAUGAAACAUAUGAAGAGAUCAAAGCAGAAAAAACAGACCAGGAAAAAAUGAGAGAAUUAUUCAAAUCAUUAAAGCCUGACAACGUCAAAAGCACCUUUUAUUAUUUGCUGGAAAAGCAUGCAAAACACCACUUCAAAAAACUGGGUGGUGUCAGCAGGAAACGCAAGCUUGCUGAUCCUGAAUGCUCAAUACCAUUUAAAAGACUUAAUACUAAGACUACAGAACAAGACAUCACUAACUAUAACAAUGCUAGUAACUCAGCACCACCACCAAGACCAGCAUCAACAAAUAUUGUGACCAACAUUAUAUGUGGAAUGCCCCCUGCACCCAAAAAAGAGUGUAAGAAAUCCCCAGCAUUGAAGAAAGAGAAACAAACUCUUGCACCAGAGAAAGCGGACAAACUUCCCACACCCAAGAAAGCAGAGAAACUUCCCGCACCCAAGAAAGCUAAAAAACCUCCCGCACCCAAGAAAGCGAAGAAACCUCCCGCACCCAAGAAAGCGGACAAAAUUCCCGCACCCAAGAAAGCGGAGAAACUUCCCGCACCCAAGAAAGCGAAGAAACCUCUCGCACCCAAGAAAGCUAAAAAACCUCCCACACCCAAGAAAGCGAAGAAACCUCCUGCACCCAAGAAAGCGAAGAAACCUCCCACACCCAAGAAAGCGAAGAAACCUCCCGCACCCAAGAAAGCGAAAAAACCUCCCGCACCCAAGAAAACGAAGAAACCUCCCGCACCCAAGAAAGCGAAGAAACCUCCCGCACCCAAGAAAGCAAAGUAACCCCCCGCACCCAAGAAAGAGAAACCACCCAUGCCCAAGAACCUAAUUUUUUGGUUCAUUUAUAAACUCUAGAAUAGAUCUGUCUCAGUAUGUGUUUUAAAUCCUAUGCAAUCACUUUGUAUUGUUGUGCUGUUCUUACCGAACAUUAACUUUUUUUUCCUCUUGAUAAAGAAAUGGAUGAAGAAAAUGCAUAUAAAUUAUUCCAAUACAUAUUCAUUAGCCCUCCGACAUAGUAGUCAUUUUGUGCAUUUUUGUUGGUGUUGGAUGGGGACAGAAUGGACUUUAAUUUAUUUGGCAUCCUCCCCUUAACCAUUAAAUAAUAGUAGACUAUAACUUUUGGUUAUGAAAUGAAAAAUUCAACAUAGUAACAAAAAACUUAAAGGGGUCAUAUGAUGCGAUUUCAAUUUUUCUUUGCUCU